CAGAAAUUCGGAGGCUACGGAAUGGUUGCACCCCGCACGCGGGGUGCGCUUCCCGUCCGCCAGUACCGAAUAAUACAGCUCAAGCCCCAUGAGCUUGUUCUGACUUCAAUCACAACUUAUUCCGAGACUUAUGCAUACUUAUUGAAAAAGGCCCGAAUAACAUCUUGACUCGUCCUUUUCCUGGGGUGCAGCUACCCCGCGCCGUUCGAUGUUUUAAAGGAUUGCGCGGCCGAAAUGCUGAGUGGAGCUUCUUUUCCCCCUGAAAUCUCCCAGUCGAUCGUUGACGGACGAGCGAUCGUCACUGCGGGUGUUAAAGCAAGCUCGAUGUCGUCCAAUCUCGUGACCCUUCCAUCUGAAGUAUCGCCGAGAGCUAACCUGGCUCCUUCCGUUCGCGUCAUGGUUGAAUGCGUCAAGGUACCUACUGACGGUACAGUGGAUUCUGUGGGCUGGAAGACUUGAAAAUGGAUGACUCCUUUUGACAACGUUAUUGUUGAUGUGGAGAUUACAGCUUUUGGCCGAGCUGGUUGAACCUUUUUAUAAGUUGCAACUGCCUGGUUCUUCACGGACUGAAGGUCUUGUUCAUUUAAUAGCUGUCACUCUGGUAGACCUUUCCUGCCUUCACGUCGCGAAUGAGAGUCUGGAGCCCACCGUUCUGUAUACUUCAAGAUUCAUCUAUUAUGAGGUUUGAAUUAACUCUGUGGGUCUUGACCACCCUCACUUGUUCGGUUUCCGCUCUCUCGGCAGCGCAAUGGAAAUCUCAAUCCAUCUACCAAGUCCUCACAGACCGAUUUGCGCGCGCCGACAACUCCACAACCGCCACAUGCAACACUGGUGAUGGGAUCUACUGUGGAGGAUCAUGGAGGGGCAUCAUCAAUAAACUGGAUUAUAUCCAGAACAUGGGAUUCACAGCCAUAUGGAUCUCGCCUAUCGUAAAGAAUCUUGAGGGCAAUAGUGCAGACGGAGAAUCAUAUCAUGGGUAUUGGGCACAGGAUAUCAAUUCUCUGAAUAACCAUUUCGGAACUGAACAGGACCUGCUAGAUCUUUCCGCUGCACUGCAUGGUCGAGGCAUGUAUCUUAUGGUCGACGUCGUCACCAACCAUAUGGGAUAUCUAGGAUGCGGGACGUGUGUAGACUACAGCGUCUUCAAGCCUUUCAACUCGAAAUCCUACUACCACGACUUUUGCUUGAUCAAUUACGACGAUGCAAACAGCAUCAAGACGUGCUGGGAAGGAGACAAUAUCGUCUCGCUACCAGAUCUGAGGACGGAAGAUUCGAAUGUGCUUGAUGUAUGGAAGACGUGGAUCUCAAAUCUAGUGAAGAAGUAUAGCAUCGAUGGUCUGAGAUUAGACAGCACGCAGCAGGUCGAUAACGCAUUUCUGGAACCAUUUGAGACCGCUGCUGGUGUGUACGUGGUUGGAGAAGUCUUCAAUGGUGAUCCGAAUUAUGUCUGUCCAUACCAGAACGAUGUCAGCGGAGUCAUGAACUAUCCUGCAUACUACUGGAUCAGACAAGCCUUCGAGUCUACGAGCGGCAGUAUCAGCAACCUUGUAAACGGAAUCAAUACUAUGAAAUCCACCUGUGCAGACACAACGCUGCUUGGUUCGUUCAUGGAAAAUCAUGACGUGCCUCGAUUUGCAUCCGUCACAUCAGAUUUCUCACUAGCGAAAAAUGCGAUCGCUUUCACGAUCUUGGCAGAUGGAAUUCCGAUAAUCUACGAAGGUCAAGAACAACAUUACUCCGGUGGCGAUGUUCCAUACAACCGCGACGCCGUCUGGUACUCGGGGUACAGCACCACCUCUAGCUUGUACACCUUCAUCUCCUCCAUCAAUCAAAUCCGCAACCAAGCAAUCUUUAAAGACGCCACCUAUCUCACAUACAAAGCGUAUCCAAUCUACUCCGACUCGUCCACCAUCGCUAUGCGUAAAGGCUUUACUGGAUACCAGAUUAUUGGCGUAUUUUCGAAUCUUGGGACUGGAGGAGGGACGUAUACUCUGACAUUGGGGAAUGCUGCGACAGGAUUUGUGGCAGGCACGCACAUUGUGGAAGUGGUGGGGUGUACAGUCUAUACUGUUGAUGGAAGUGGGAAUUUGCAAGUUGGGAUGACAGGUGGAUUGCCGAGGGUUUUCUAUCCGCUGGAGCAGUUGAGGGGGAGUGGAGUUUGCGGUGCUGUGACUGGGUAGAACGUGGAAUCAGACGACCACUCUGAGGGAUUUAGCACGUCAUUCAAGUCUUGCGGUGAUGCAGUACUGUGUGGAAAAGACGAUCUUUCCAUAAUAUGUCUCACGUGAUGAUCUGAUCUACUAAGCGAGAUUUUGUUGUUCUUUAGCAGCUCCCCUGUGCAGUUUCAAAGAGCGCCCCAAAUCAAAGACCCAACUAUCGCAAGAGUCAGAUAAAAGAAAGUAGUAAUAAUCACUUCUCAUUGUCACUGUCGGGUCUUCAACAAACCCAAUAACCUACCUUACAAGGACCUCAAAGCACUUUGAAAGCGCAACCUUGUCAACAAAGGGACAAAGACAUUGUUUGACACUUCUAUGUUGAACAGAUGCGUGGUAAAAAGUACAAUUGACGUUUUUCUGGAGAGAAUACAUGCGAAUCAAUUCAUACUCACGAACAUAUCUUACAAUCCCAG